AUGCAAUCUCUAAAAUCAAGGGACAUAACACUAGUAUUAGGAGACUUCAAUGCCAAGAUUGGCAGGGGGAGAUUUAAUAAUUGUGUGGGAGAAUAUGGACUUGGUAGGAGAAACGAAAGAGGCGACAGACUGCUGCAAUUUUGCCAAGAGAACGAUUUUAUUAUAUCGAACACGUUCUUCAAACUUCCAAACCGUCGUUUGUACACCUGGAAAUCUCCGCAAGACGACAAACAAAAUAUAGUCAGGAACCAAAUUGAUUACAUCCUGAUAAACCACAGAUAUAAAAAUGUAAUCAAAUCAGUAAAAACCUACCCAGGGGCAGAUGUCUCAUCGGACCAUAAUCCCUUAGUAGCCCGGUUUUUAAUAGCACUUAAAAAACAACGAGUAAUACCAACAGCAAAUCGUAUAGACGUAUCGGGUCUAAAAAUCCAAGAAACAAGGCAAAGGCUACAAAAUAAUAUCAACGAUAACCUCAGAACCCUCAAAAACAAUCAAAUAACAACGGAAGAAGACACGGACAAACAAUGGGAAGAUUUAAAAAAUGCAUUAAUUGAGCCGAGCAAGAUUAUUCUGACAAAACAGAAAAUAGGGGAAAAACAGGAAUGGAUCACUCCAGAAAUUUUGAAAUUGAUGAACGAACGACGUGGUGUAAAAGACAACAACGACGCAUAUAAGAAUAUUCAGAAAGAAAUCCGAUCAAAAAUAAGAGAAGCAAAAGAGGUGUUCUACAAAAGAAAAUGCGACGAAAUAGAAGCCCUUCAAGAAAAGCAUGACAGCUUCAAUGUCCACAAGAAAGUAAAAGAACUGGCAGGAUUACAGAAAAAAAGACAACCGUCAAUACUCACUGACCAGAAUGGCAAAAUCAUUAUGGAAAUGGAAGAAAAACUAAGAACGUGGAAGAAUUACAUAAUAGAAUUGUUCGAUGAUGAGAGAGAUAUAAACAGACUAGUAACAGAACAAGAAAACAGCGGACCGGAAAUAACUAAAGAAGAGGUCAUCCAUGCUAUAAAAAUCACAAAAGAUGGAAAAGCCGCAGGGCAUGAUGAGUUACCCUCUGAAAUUCUCAAGUUGAUAGAAGAGGAAAACAUACACAGAUCUGUUCAACACCAUAUACAGAACAGGUAUUAUACCCAGGGAAUGGUUGCUAUCAGCGUUCGUCACUAUCCCGAAAAAACGUAA